CUGCAUUCCCCGGCGUCUGCGACCCCGAGCAAGGCUGUGCAGCUGAAGAUGCCAUUGAAUAUCUUCAAGGUGUUCAAGAAGACCAAGUUCGUCCGCCCAGCAUCGCUGCAGGACCAGGUGCCAGUGCACGAUGUUGCCGCCAGCCUGGAGCGAGGCCUCGCGUCAAGGCCCAAGCCGCGGAAUCUGCACCAGGACAUUGAGGGCUUUCUGCCCUUUGGCGUGGUCCUCGCCAUCACAUCCACAGCGUCUGCAGCGGCCUGGGCGGCCCUGUUCUUCUGCUGGCACAAAUUCGACAAGGAAGAAGUGCCCUACGGUGAGUGCAUUAAUGCCCUAUACUGCAGAUGAUCCAAUGGGCAGGAGUGUAUCAUCUAUCUGGGUCGGGAUGAGUUGCUCGCUCCUCAGGUAUGCUGCAGCAGGUGCUCUCAUCCCGCAUCGUGUCCCAUCUUGGCCCCUACUGCCUGCCGCACAUCGUCCGCUCCCCUGUGCACGACACCGCCCUCAACCUUGUGGCCGAUGACCUUAUCCUGGACCACGAGCGCAGCAACGCUCUCGACGUCAUCGAGGGCAUCACGCAGCGGCGGGCGGCCGUCAGGGAGCUGCUAAGGAUAAAAGAGGAGCAGGUGGCGGAUGGGCUGCUCUCAUACAAGGCCUCACCGACCGGUGUGUUGGUAUAUACAUGAAGGGCAGAUCCAUGCACCCACAGUCAUGUGUGCCCGCGUGUAUAGGUCUUGAUUCGGCCGUCAAGCCGAGCGACUUCGGCGGGGAUGACAAUGACGAGACGGAGGGGCUGGUGCGGCGGGGCCUGAUGUGUUUCUGGCCGGUCGUGAAGGACCUGGUGAGGAACCAGACGCUGGGUGGCGCGAGCAAGCCGUACUCGCACCUGGAGUCGCAGACCAGGAUCAUCCUCGACCUCAUUGCCGAAAUGCCGCCAGAGGUAGCCAGCCACAUGAGCAUUCACACAUCCAUCCAUCCAUCCAUCCAAGCAUCAUGGCAUGGCGUGCUGCGUGUGUCUGUGCGUGCGUGUGCAGGACCGUGAGGUGCCGUAUUGGUGGCUGAAGGCCCUGGUCAACCAGCACUCAAAGCUUUGGGGACAGACGCCCAGCAAUGAGGAGCUCAGGGCCACACUCCUCUGCAAGCUAUUGCAGGUUUGCGAGGGGCGACGAGAACAGACAGACAGAUAGACAGACUCCUUCCUUCCCCUCCCCUCCCCCCUCACUGCUUGUUGCCUGUCUGUCUGUGCAGUGCCCCGCCAACUGCGUCAAGGUCUACCAUCGCGAGUUCGACGACUUCAUGGCCAAGCUCACUUAUGACGACGAACCCGAAACAGUGCCAUCACCACCUUCGCAACAGAGUGCUGCACCCAGCAGCAGCAGCAGCAGCAGCAAACGUGGCGACACGGCUUCCGGCGAGCGUCUGGGCGACAAGGAGGACAUGCCAGAGAGCACGGAGGCGAGCAGCAGAGCCACGACGGCCACGGAGCCGCCCCCUGUCCUGGUGAUGGAGUACCUCUAUCAGCCGGGGAGGGUGGUCUACUGGGGCGGCAUCAUGGUAGGGCGACUGAGACAGCGAGAGGCAGGCAGGUCAUCCAUGUGCUGUGCUUGGUGUGGGUGUGGGUACGCAGGGACUUAGCCACUGGCUUCUCUCUGGCGAGCAGCACGACCUUUAUCGCAGGGCCAUCCGGCUGAUCAAUCGCAGCGUCAAACGACACUACUACGCACAACAUCAGCAGCAGCAACAGCAGCAAGAGGCGCAAGAGACCGCCUCCCCCGCCCCACACACACCAGCCCCAUUGCCAUCCUCCGAGCAAGAAGCUUUCCGUCUGGACCGGCUUCUUAGCGCCGCGAUGUUCACUGAGGGCAACAAGGAGAUGGACGAGCCAAAGGACGACGGGAGAGGGGAGGGUGACGAGGGCAGCAAGAGCUGGGAGCUGCCCAAGGGCACAGAGGAAGUGCUGACGCUGCCAGUGCCUUUGCCGCGAGAAAGGAAGAGUCGGUCGCUGCAGACCAAGAUGGCUUUGAGGGUGCAGGAGACCAAUAUGGAGAUCUGUGCGCUGGUGGCCCUUCUCUCGCUGGUCUUCAAGGGGCACAUCAGGAAGGAAGUCUUCUGGCCAAUCGUGAGAGCUUAGCUUGACUGAGAUGAGAGAGGCAGGACAGAGAACCUUCCUUUGUGAGUGCUGUUCUGUGUUGUGUGUGUGUGUGUGCAGCUGAUGAAGGGCGUAAGGCGUUGCGUGACGGGUUUCGCAGUGCUGGAGCUGCUGUGGCGGGCGCAGGAGUACAUCAUCCAGACGGACAGAUACUACAACGACCCGCAGUUCAUGGUUGGUAAUCAUGACAACCACACACACACACACACACACAAGAGACAGACGCACAGGCCAGACUUUUCCUCCGCCUGUUCAGCUGUUGACCAGCGCGGCGAUGUGUGUGACCAACGUCCUGACGUGGUCGAGGAUAUUCAGCACACACAGAUAUGGUGGGUGGGUGGGCGAGGAGGGGGGCAGCACGGGACGCUCUUUGCUGAGCUCUUGCUGCUAUCUAUGCCGUGUGGUGCUCUGCUCUGCUCUGCUCUUGCUGCUAUGUCGUGUGGUUUGGUGUGUGCAGUGUUUGGGCCUUACCUGUUUAUACGGACCGUCAAGGACGGCUCAUCUGACGCAUACAGGCACUUAUGAGCGUGUCGAUGUGUGUGGGUAUGUGUCGGUAUCGCUCGUGCUGAUUGAUGGACCUAUCUACUGGUGCGGUGCGCACCUGCCAAUGUCCAAUGUGCUGUGUGUGUGUGGCUGUGCAUUUCGGUGGUGUACAUUGACUGACCUACCUGCCCGCAGCGACCGA